UGAGAACAUUGUGGAGAGGUUGACUUGAGAAAACGAUUUGUGGAACACAUUUAAAAUGCAGAUCAUCUCAAGAUGUACAAUCCUCUUUAUUUUGAAAUUAAAUAUGUUGUGUACAGGCCAAGAAAACAAUGACUGGAACAUCACCUUCAAUCCACCAGAAGUUACUGCAGUUGCAGGAUUAUGUGCUCUCAUUUCAUGUACCUUCACUUAUCCAGAUGAAGCAAAACCUAAUGUUCGGUGGAAUGAGUGUAAUAAAAAAGGUAACUGUAAGAAUGAAAUAUACAACUUAAGAAAUGUGAAAGAAGAAAGAGAGAAAGUGGGUAAAUUGGAAAAGAAAGAAAUUAAAUCAGGACGGAUUGAGAUGCUUGAAUCUGAUCUGACCAAAAACAACUGCAGCAUCAUCAUGAAAAACAUAAGAGCAGAAGAUAAAAAAGAAUAUAUGCUCAGACUGGAGGAGUCUGGUCGAAACACAUAUAACCUCACAGUUAAGAUCACCAUCCAAGAUGAGCCUAAAAUGGAGGUUCCUCUUCUCAGUGAAGGACAGGAGGCCAAUCUGACAUGUUCAGCUCCUUUUCCUUGUCCUGAAACUCCUCCUGAAAUAACAUGGUGGAUCAAGACAAGAGGGGAAAACAUCACUGAUCUAAAGGAUAACAUCAUUCUGACCAUCUCCAAAAGCCUUUACCUCUCAACGUUGACCUUAACUCCAACCUCUGACUUGCACAAUGCCACUGUAGCAUGUGAAGUGAGCUACGGAAGCAAAGGCAUCAAUACAAGUAGGACCCUCGAAGUCAUGUAUGUAAAGACUCCUCAAAUUCUGGGUAAUGACAAUGUGAGGGAAGGUGACACUCUCAGCCUGAGCUGCACUGUUGAGAGUCACCCACCAUCAUCUGAUCCUGUAUGGAGUUUCAGUGGAAUCACAAAUAUAUUCAUGAACCAAACAUCUACAAAAUAUCUCACAAUUGCCAAUGUGGGAAAGCAGCAUGCUGGGGUUUACAGCUGUAUGAGGACAUAUGGGAACAAGACAUUGAAUGCAUCCAUCACUAUCGAUGUCAUUCGUGAUACAAAUGAAUUGAAAGUGAACAAGACCUUCAGUCCUGGAAGUGAAAACAUGCCACUGAACAACACCACAAAAACUACAGGUAAUACUCAGAAUUUACAUACUGCAGACAACGUAUGUUUAUUUCAGGGCAAUUAUGAUUUUGCCAAUUGUAUAGAAGAUUUCAUUAAGAAUUUGAACGCCUCAACGAUACUCACAUUUGUUGUGGGAAUGGUGUGUUCGGCGCUCAUCUUCUCAAUGGUUUUGUGUUGUUGGGUGUCUUGCCACAGAGGCAAACACAAAGUGCCAACUGCAAAUCCGGACACCAAAGUCGAUUUGGAGAUGGUACAGACAUAUGGAGCUCAGACUGGAACCAAUGAGCAAACACCUCUUCAUGGACAGCUUAAUGGAGGGAACCCAAACACGGCUGAACCGACAGACAGAGCAGAGGUAGACAAAGCAGUCGGGAUGGAAGCAGGAGAGGUCGACUAUGCCAGCAUCGACUAUUCCCUUCUAAAGGACAGAGCGCCUGAGGAGGGAGAGAGAGAACCUACAGACACAGACUACGCUGAGAUCAAGAGGGACAGGAGAGGAGAUGGGAAGGAAAGGGAAGUCCUUCAGGAUGGAGAUGACCAGAUUGAAACACCCAACCAGAUGAAUGGAGAGGAGGAACUUUAUUCUAACUCACAGGCGCUGAAAAGUUAAGGAACUACAGAAUCUUAACUACACCCAACAAUAUUACAAUUUUUAAGAUAAUGUUUAUAUAUUAAGUUCAGAUGCUUAAGAAGAAUGUAUUAUUUUUGAGCUUUUAUGUGUCUAGCAUUAAUAGUUGGUGAUUGCAACCAUAGACUGUAUAAAAACAUGUCCGUGAUGUCAC